AUGCGAGUCCGCACGACGUCGGCGGCCGCUCUUCGCCUCUUCUCUUCGGGGCCACUCGCGCGCAUCGAGAGCAGGCAAUUCCUCUGCAGCCAAUGCUUCCAGAGGCAAACUGUUCGCCGAGCCUCGUCGAAUCCUCGCUCGAGAACACACCUUGCCGCUUGCCCAGCACAAAGCGCACGCGCACGACUCUGCCUACGUUCUCGGUCGUAUGCGACCAUCGCUGAGGGCUACACGGCGAAGGCGAGCAUAUCAGACAGCCAUGGCCCCAUACAAGAGUACGACAGGCGAGUAGCGGAGGGCCGAUUACGCGAGGACGAGCACCAGCGGGGCAUCAUUCAAAGCCUGCAGCAUUUGCACGACGAGCUCGUGCACUAUGAAGCACGCCCCGUCAUACAUCCCACGAUCGAGUCGCUGAAGCCCUCCAAGUCUCUCUUUGGCUGGCUUGGCUCGAAACAAGGCAAGACGCCGAUACAAGACAUCCCGGCCGACUUACCUCACGGCUUGUAUCUUUAUGGCGAUGUGGGGAGCGGCAAAACCAUGCUCAUGGAUCUUUUUUAUGAUACGUUACCCAAAGCGGUCAAGUCAAAGACUAGGAUACACUUCCAUAACUUCAUGCAAGAUGUGCACAAGAGGCUUCACAAGAUGAAGAUGGAACAUGGAAACGACAUAGAUGCCGUGCCGUUUGUCGCUGCAGAUAUAGCGGAACAGGGAAAUGUGCUGUGCUUCGACGAGUUUCAGUGCACCGACGUGGCAGACGCCAUGAUCUUGCGGAGACUGUUGGAGUCUCUCAUGUCUCAUGGUGUGGUCUUGGUCACAACUUCCAACCGAGUCCCGGACGAGUUGUACAAGAACGGGAUCCAACGAGAAUCCUUCAUUCCGGCGAUCAACCUCCUGAAGGCGCGGCUUCACGUGAUCAACCUUGAUUCGCCAACCGACUACCGAAAGAUUCCCCGGCCUCCGUCCGGAGUCUACCACACACCUCUGGAUGCCCAUGCUGCAUCUCAUGCUGAAAAGUGGUUCCGUUUCCUCGGAGACCCUGAGUCCCCCGAAGCUCACUCAGAGGUGCAGAGAGUUUGGGGCCGAGAGAUAUACGUCCCUCGAGUUAGUGGUCGUUGUGCAUGGUUCACCUUCAAGGAGCUCCUUGGCAAGGCUACUGGUGCUGCCGACUACAUCGAGCUCAUGCGAAGUUAUGAUGCCUUCAUUGUGACCGAUGUUCCGGGUAUGACGUAUCGCGAACGCGACCUAGCUCGACGAUUCAUCACGUUCAUCGACGCUGUGUACGAGUCACACGCCAAGCUUGUAUUGACGACAGCGAAGCCUCUAACUCAGCUUUUCGUGUCGGCCCAGGAGAUGGAGGACUCGCUAAAGAAAGACGAAGGGAAAGCUUCUGAAAACGAAAGCCCGCGAAGCGAGUCUGUUCAUGAUACCAUGCAGUCUGCUAUGGAGGACGUGAAUAGCAACAUCGAGCAGCUAAAGGACGCCAAUGUUUUCUCUGGUGACGAGGAAAGAUUUGCUUUCAUCAGAGCCUUGUCACGAUUAACAGAGAUGGGCAGCAAGGAAUGGGUCGAGAGGGGCAUGGGUCUGGAGGGUUCUGGAGGCAAGAAAGAUCGGGAUGAUUGGGCAAAGGUUCGCAGUCGCCAAGCGGAAGACAGCAUGUGA